CGAAUUGUUGGCUACUUGAUUUGAGGCAUCGCAUUGAACUCCGAAAACCGGCGAACAGAAAGUUGCAGUUUUUCCGGCGAAGAGGAACUGAGAAAACUCCGGCGAGAUACCAACCUUCGCGAUGGAUGGGAAUAAACCAAAGGACUUAGUCUCGAGGAAGAAGCAUACGCAGGAAGGCCCCGAGAAGGACAAGGGGGAACUCAGAGUAUCCCCGAGGAGGAAACUCCCUCCGACAAAGCCGCCGGAGGAAUUGGACCGGUACCCUUCGAAGACGAAGAUGAACGCGUACUCCAAACCGGAGUACAUUUCUGACAUAGCGGAAGUUCUUAAGGGAAAAGCUGAGAUGCAGAUGCUUCUCGACUCUCCAUUUGGGUACCUUUUUGGAAUACCUGCGAACAGUGUUCCUUCUCAGGUUUGGGGAGAAUGCGACUCCAUUAAUGGUGUGAUAGCCUGCGGUAAAAACCCCAUCAGGCCUCAAGAUACGACUGUCGAGAUGACGAAGAACGUGAAGUUCUUCUUGAAAUACCCAUGGGGAAGGCUGUCUUUUACCCGUACUUUGGAGAGGAUAGCAAACUUCCAAACCCCUUCAGAUGUUAAAAAACUGAUAAGGUGUGUAAAGGAUGGGUCUUAUGCACUACAAGGAUUCCCAUUAGCACUCCAGCUCUUUGCGUUUGAAACAAUCCCAUCCCUUGCUAAGCUAGCACCUGAUGACGAAGCGAACAGGACAUUUACUCAGAGGUCUAUCCAUCAUCUUGCCUCACUGCGGCCAAUCAGGACAUCCAGCAUCUUGGCCUGUGAGGCUGCUGAAGAGGUUGAGGUAACCUAUCUUGUGAAACCAGAUGACAAUAUUUGCCCUCCAUCCCUGUCAUGGGAUGAUGAAGUUGAGGAUCCAAGAGUUGCUUACAUUGAGCGACUGAUGUUAGCUGGUCAUGAGUGGCAGGAGGAAGAAUGGGUUGGAGGUUCAGCUGCAUUCCCAAAGCAGGAGCGCCCACCACAACUAGGAGAGAUACAUGCGAAGAAGAGGAAAAGAAAUGUACGAGGCCCGAAUGCACCUGUUUUGAAAAAACAGAAAUCUGUUGUGGAAGAUGAAAAUGAGGAAACUGCUGAGGAUUGUUCUGAAGAUCCCCAGUUUGAGAAGUUUGUAGUCGAACUUAGGAGAUUACUGAGCUUUCUGAUGUUAAACUCGUCCUCUGAGGAAGAUGACCAGGUUGAAGCCAACAAUGAAGGUGGUUUUACUGCAAAUGCUGGACACGAUUUUCUAACAGAGACGAAGAUAUGGUUGAGACUGGAGUACCUAACAUUCAGUUGGUGGACCUACACCUUCCCAUCAGGAGCAGGUGAUGGUGGUGAGUCUGUCCUUGUUGGUACACAGUCAGGGACCGAGGAAAAAGCUAGUGCUGACACAGAGAUGGAAGAAAUUCCAUCUCCUGUACCUUCAACCUCUGCACAGUUGGUACACAGUCAGGGACAGAUGGAAAAAGCAACUGCUGACACAGAGAUGGUAGAAAAUCCAUCUGGUUUACCUGCAACAUCUGGACAGGGAGAAGAACAUGGUGCCGGCGUUGAGAGUGAAGCAAAUGUUGGGGAGGAACCAGAAAUUGGUGAGGAUAAUGACAGAGAUACAUCUUCUCAGGCUGAACACACCGAGGAACCCGGCACUCGUGUUGAUGCGGGAGAUGUACCCAAAGUAGUUCCAGAGUGUAAAGUGGAUGACUCAGUACUUCAGGGCACCCCUAGUGAUCCCCCUUCACCAUUUGCAGUAGUGUUACAGGAGUUGGAAACAACAGCCUCCAUGGAUUUGGAUGCAGCUAAUGUAAAGGAGGGAGUGUUGGAGGAGCAGGGGAUUGUCGCCGGGGUAGAAGAACAAGAGGAUUCAAACCCAGGGUUAGAUGAAGCAGACACAACAGUUGGUACACCUGAAAUAUUAUUCAGAGCUGCUUAUAGCGCUGGAAAUGUCCCUUUCAACCCCCUGGACAAGGUUGAUGCUUCCAAAUUAGAGCUCUUAACCAAUGUCCUCGACGGAGAGAAUGUGAAGCACACUCUUUUCGGGUAUCGCAAAGUGGACAACGAGUUUUUCUCCAUGCUUGUAAAACAAGGAAACUGGGUGGAUAAUAUGGGGUUCAAAUGGGGCCAACGGUUAUACGACAUUGCCAAUGGAAUACACAUACACCGUGAACCUAGUCUUCGGUGGAUCAAGGAUGUCGACGUGGUAUAUGCUCCGAUGAACUGGAGAGGUGAUCAUUGGGUUGGUUUGGCAAUCCACCUCAGAGCCCGGAAUAUAAUUGUCUAUGACGCUUUCAUAGAUUACACGCGGGAGUCUGCUGCAUGGUCAAAGAUGAAGCCUGUCUGCGAGAUGAUGCCGUACCUAGUGAGAGCGAUGUGCGCGGAUGUAUUGCCUCAGACAUACUCAGUUGAACCUUUUGGCUAUGAGAGAGAUUUGAACGUCGCUCAAAACCCAAGUUCAGGAGAUUGCGGGCCUUACGCAAUGAAGUUCUUGGAGUUGCUGGCGUUUGGUAACCCAAUGUCAGACUUGGUGAAUAUUCAAGAAUCAGAUAUGGCCAUCUACCGUCAGGUGUACGCAACAGAAAUCUACGAGCACGGCAAGCGCGAGGGUGUUCCACACCUCAAUCCAAACAUGUCAUAUCCAAAUAUACCUGACGAUGUCCUAGCCAAGAUUGCGAAGAUCAUUGCUCACAAAUGUUGGUGGUACCUACAGCCUCUCUUAAGAUCAGGCCCUCGUGGAAGGGACAUUGUAUACCGGCCCGAUGUACUCCAAGAUGCAAAUAUUUACAGUUUGUGCAGUGAUCCCGAUGACUUCCAUGCAGCUGGUCAUGAUCCAAAUGACAUCCACACCGAAGGUCGCUAUAGACCUUUCUUCAAAAGAUGCGUAGAUGCUGGAAAUCCAAUAGCUAUCUAUCAUGAAGGACUGCGUCUUCUAACGCAUGAAUCUGACAUAAAGGGAGCUAUAGUUCUAUUACAUCGCAAUGUGCCUAAUCACGCUGAUGCAACACUUGCGUGUGCGAUCCUCUCCAUAUGUGACGGUAACGCGUACAUGGGCGCUGAGUAUCUUCGAAUGUUUGAGAGAAACCAUUACUCGUUGCAAUCAGAAGACACUCGAGACAUGUGUGAGGAGUUGCUAGAUGAGAUUAAAAAAUAUGGCCUUACAUACAACAACACUUAUGGUGCAACAUUUUCUUACCCUGAGUUUCGUGGAUUUAACACUCCACCUUGCGCGAUGAUGUGUUACAUCAGGUCUGGUCCCUUUAAAAAUGUGUGUAACGUUUGCUAUUUAUGGUGGUGUGCUAAAAGAAUUAGCCAACUCCUCUAAGUUUAUCUUUGAUGUUUCAUGUUAUUAUCUAUAUGCUUGUGUGCUGAAAUUUUCAUAGCAAUAUAGUACUUGUUGUUAUAAAUGUUAAUGAUUUUA